AUGAUUAGUGAGGUGGAUAAUCAAGGGUUGGAUGACUUGGAAGCUGAAAUAGUAUGGAAAGAAUUGAAUGGCGAUGAAGUUGGAGUCAAUAAAGAGAUUAGUUUGAUUGAUUUUGAUGAAUCUGAUCAAAUAGAUGAAAGAGAACCUAAAAGCAUGUUUGAUGUGUUUAUUGAAAAAGAUUUAAUUGACUUUGGGUGUAUUGUAGAGAAGUUAGUGAUAAAUGAUAAUAUAAAAAAGGAAAUAAUUGAUGAAAAUAGAGAAAUAAAUAUGGUGGUUAAUACAAAUAGUAGUAAGAUGUAUCAAAUGAAUAAUAAGAAAUUUGAAUCUCUACCUAAGCCAAGUUGUGAAGUGACUUUGUACAUUAAAUUCGCUGAAACAAAGUUUAAAACAGAUAUAGUUCUAGGAAAGAAGGAGAUAGUAAAGAAUCUGUUGAAAGUGUUGAGGGAUGAUGACUCUGAUGAAUUUGAUUGUGAUAUAGAUUUGUCCAAAUAUGAUUUGAAUAUACAAUUUGAUAUUGGGAGUAGUGAUCGAAUAAUGAGAAGUGUAUUCAAUCAAGAAAAAGAAUCAUUGGUGAAAAGUAACUGUAAUAGUAGGUUUGGUGAUGUUGAUGAUAUCUUUGAGAAAA